CAGAAGAAAGAUGGCGGCGUUCAUGUUGAGCAGGAGGACAGCAGUGUUGUGUAGGACUUUGAAAGGGAUUUCAGCUUCCAAAACUGUGCUUCCUGCUAACUCACAAUGUGGACUUUUAUUACAGACAGCUUCUUAUAAUCCUAGACCUCUGAGGCUGAACAUCCGUGACCCGUAUAUUCCAGACAAGGACAGUGAAAAGACGCCGGAGUGGCAGAAGACGGCCAAGUAUGACCGGAAGUUGUUCGGACGGUACGGCUCUGCGUCGGGCAUCGACCCUGCUUCACUGUGGCCCAGCCAUAAAGAGUUGGACAAGAUCAUCGCAGAGGAAAAUGAGUGGCAUCCUCCUUUAGAAGUAAUGCUGAAGAACAUUGCCAUUAAGGAGAAAGCAGAAACUGAGAAACGACUGGCAAAAGAGAAACUCAUAGCAGCCAACAUGGCCAAAAUGCCCAAGAUGGUGGCCGACUGGCGGAGACAGAAGCGUGAAGCCAAACUGAAGCUAAAGGAGGAGAAGGCUCGCCGCACUAAGCUUCUGGCUGAAGCCAGAGAGCGUUUUGGCUACGCCGUGGACCCCCGCAGCCCCAAGUUCUUGGAAAUGGUAGCUGAAAUAGAGAAGGAAGAGAAGAAGAAGAAGAAACUGUUGAAGCGCAGGCUGAAAGAAGAGCAGGCAGCAGGCGUCGUCCAACCUCCUCCCACCUCCUCGUAGUCUUGGAAACAGUUUUGUUAUUGUCGAUAUUAACCAUUUGGUGUUCGUCCAACUGUAUUUAAUAAGAUGGAAGAUGUGCAGCAUCACACUUCAAUAUGGGACGUUUCCUUGAAACUAUCAUUCAUUUCAACCUUGUUUUUCCUUUUUUGGAAUUUUGUCCUACUUUUAAAUGUAUAACAUAAAUUAGGUUAUAUUUUAUAACCUGUAAAUGCAUUUUGCUGUAACUGAAAUAAAUGUAUCUUUGUACAGAG